AUGCCACCAAGAAAGUCCUUGACGCCCACAUUGAAAACUAAUAAAACUGCCAAGAAUUUAGGUCUGAAGAGAUCGGAAGUUGAAGAUUUAUCGGAAAAGGAAUUACAAUUAAUGGAGAUGGGAAUGGCUUGUUCGGAUGAUUUCAGCCCUGCGUCGGAAAAAACGACCAAUUCUUCACAAUUAAAAAAGAGAAAAAUUAAUAAGAGCAAUAGCACAACAACAAGUGAUGGAAGUACGGAUGGGAACCAUUCAAAGACGGAUGAUAAUAACAAGAUAUUAAAUCCAAAGUUGAUUCAAUCUCGGAGCGUUCGAUCACCACCACAGAAAUUGUUGGGGUCUUCAAACGACCAAACACUGGUAUCUCCAUCUAAAACAACAACUAGCCUCAAGUCUCCUUCCAAACGAAGGAUAUCCACGUCUCCGAAAACUGCUGGCCAGCAAUCAAGCGGAAAUAAUACACCACCAACAAGUGCAACUUUUGAAUUGAAUCAUCUUUCUGAAAUUAAUACUCACAAUGACUUUGAAACUCAAAAAGAUGUCUCUUCGUCAUCAAAUUUAGAUAGUAUUGCCGAUUAUUUAGAAGAGGGAGAAUCUUUUCAAUUUUCAGAUACUCAUAUUGGAUUACUGAAAAUUCGGCAAGAAAUUCAGAGUGCCAUUCUAAGUUGCAAGCACAAAAUGAAAUUCUUUUUCCCACCCGUUGUGCUUAAACAUUUCCUAUUUCAUGAAAAUAUAAUACCUAAUCAAACACCAACUCAAAUCGAAAAAACCCUAAAUGAAAUGAUACAAAGUCAUGAAAUUAGAAGAUUUUAUAUUGACAGAAAAAUGUAUAAGGAUAUUUUUGGAUUUGUAUUUACAGAAGAUUAUAUAUCUAGCAUUAAGAAACAAUAUGAAAGUUAUUUGGAACAGUUGGAACGACACGAAAGCUCGCCAGAGGAUGAUUCUCGUGUUAUUUCUGGAAUACCAUAUUUCAUUCAUAAAAAUCAAGAAGAAUCAAGAAGGAAACUCAGUGAGCCAAUGAAAAAGCAAUUGUCACAAGUUAUUUCUAAUUUCUGUGAAAACGUUCUUCUCAACGUGACAGAACCAUUCAUUGACAGAACAGACUUGGUGGAUUGUCUAUUUCCAGACUCUACCGAAGAGAGCUCAAGGCAAAUUGAUGACGGAAUUACAUUGCUCAUGACCAUUGGUGCAUUGACAAUCAAAGAUACAAACUCGUUCUACUUUGCCAUUCCCAACCUUUCGCAAUUCAUGUUCUAUAUUGACAAUGGAAGAAAAGAAAUCCUUUCAAUCUUGAGAAGAAAACAAUUUAAGGAAAUUAUGGUUCACUCUCUCCUCCAACGACCUCUCAAGAAUACCAUCUUCAAUCCCAUGUUUCACAUUCGAGACAUGAUUGGUGAUGGUGACGUUUAUGUGAUUGAUAUCAAUGGCCAGAAAAUGAUAAGAAUAAGAUGA